AUGACCUCCUUUCAAUUCAAAUUGUAUAAACACAGUUCACUCCUCAUUAAAACUUACAACUAUAAAAUUCUAUCAAUUUAUUGCUUUCAAAACAAUCCGACUCUUUCUUGUCCUCAUGAUUAUUAUUUUAAGCACUCCCCAACAUACAAUCCAACUCCUAACCCCUUAAAAAUUAUUCACCUCAAAUCAAACCAAAACAGAAACAUAAAAGAAGAAAGUCAAAAGAGCCACCCAACAUAAAUAA